GAGCCCCCGCUCACGUGACGGCGAGUCAGCUGGCUCAGUAGCUGGAACCCGAGGGGAAGAAUCCGAACGUCCCGAGCCGCCGGAGCCGCCCGUGGUGAGCCUGCGGGCCUCACCAAGCCAUUGCCAGGGCCAUCAGCCCCUGGUCAUGCGAAUCCCAACCACUGCCUGGACAUUUAUUUCUCUCAUGGCUGUCUGGGAAUCAAGGAGCUGAGGCAGAGACGAGCACCAGCACAGGGGACAAGGAGCCCAUGUGGCUAUGGCUCAGAACAACUUGGUCAUCAACAGUGACUAUGGUGAUUGGGGUUGGAGUUCAGAUGCUGGAGAGCGUGCCCGGCUCCUCCAGAGCCCCAUCGUGGAUGGGGCCUCCAAAGGGGAGGAGGAGGAGCCACGAGCCACAAACGGGGGGACCACCUCCACUCUGGGAGCCAUCUUUAUCGUGGUGAAUGCCUGCCUGGGCGCUGGCCUGCUCAACUUCCCUGCUGCCUUCAGCACAGCCGGGGGGGUGGCCGCUGGAAUCGCGCUGCAGAUUGGCAUGUUGGUCUUCAUCAUCAGUGGCUUAGUCAUCCUGGCAUACUGCUCCCAGGCCAGCAACGAGCGCACCUACCAGGAGGUGGUGUGGGCAGUGUGUGGCAAGCUGACGGGGGUUCUGUGCGAGGUUGCCAUCGCGGUGUACACUUUUGGCACCUGCAUUGCCUUCCUCAUCAUCAUUGGGGACCAGCAGGACAAAAUUAUUGCCGUGUUGGUGAAGGAGUCGGAGGAAGCGCUCAACAGCCACUGGUACACAGACCGGAAAUUCACCAUCAGCCUCACGGCCUUUUUCUUCAUCCUCCCCCUCUCCAUCCCCAGGGAGAUCGGCUUCCAGAAGUAUGCCAGCUCCCUGAGUGUCCUUGGCACCUGGUACGUCACAGCCAUCAUCGUUAUCAAGUACAUCUGGCCAGAUAAGGAGCUGCCCUCUGGGGAUGUACCCACCAGGCCGACCUCCUGGAUGGCCGUGUUCAAUGCUAUGCCCACGAUCUGCUUUGGAUUCCAGUGUCAUGUAAGCAGCGUGCCUGUCUUCAACAGCAUGCGGCAGCCCAAGGUGCAGACCUGGGGUGGCGUGGUGACAGCAGCCAUGGUCAUAGCCCUCUGUGUCUACCUGGGCACAGGCAUCUGUGGUUUCCUAACCUUCGGAGUCAAUGUGAACCCCGAUGUGCUCCUCUCGUACCCCUCGAAUGAUAUCCUUGUUGCCAUUGCCCGUGUCUUCAUCAUCAUCAGUGUGCUGACUUCUUACCCCAUCCUGCACUUCUGUGGACGGGCGGUCCUGGAGGGCCUGUGGCUGCGGUACAAGGGCGAGACGGUGGAGGAAGACGUGGCCAGGGAAAGGCGCCGGCGGGUGCUGCAGACGGUCACCUGGUUCUUGCUGACCCUGCUCCUGGCUCUGUUCAUCCCGGACAUAGGAAAAGUCAUUUCCAUCAUCGGUGGCUUGGCGGCCUGCUUCAUCUUCAUCUUCCCAGGACUCUGCCUGAUUCAAGCCAAACUUUCUGAAAUUGAAGAAGUCAAACCAAGCAGCUGGUGGGCGCUAGUCGCUUAUGGAGUCCUCUUGGUGACCCUGGGAGCCUUCAUCUUCGGACAGACCACGACCAAUGCCGUCUUCAUGAACCUCGCAGCCUGAGCUCCUUGUUUGGGACCGCACGGCCGGGGGAAGCAGUGGCCUUCUCUGUGGAGAUCUCGAAGAACCGGAUCCAUGCUUCAGCCCUGGCUGGUGCCCAGGGUGCCAUACUGCAUCCUGUCAUCAGUGCACUGGUGAAGCAGGCAGCUGGAGCUGCUUCUCCAAGGGGUUUUUCUGGUCAGAGGACAGUCCCAGAGACUUCCCUGGCUACCAGCAUCAUCUCCCACCUCUGAAUCUUCCCAAGGCCCUACCGCUGUCUCCAUAUCCAGGAUUAAAACCUCAUUUCUUUUACGCAUUGGGAGAGAAGAACAGGAGGAAGAAAGAACUUAGUCUCACUUGAACGAGGAGAAAAUCCUUCCUGUGCUGGGAAACACUUUGUGCAGAAGGCUGGCCCCUGGCAGGGAGCACUUCUGGGGAGGCCUUCGUGCUGGGGACACUACAUGCAGUAACUAAAGCCACUUGUGACUUCAAGUGUGACGUUCAAAUGUGAACACAGGAGCUCAAACGCAAGAGAAUUCCAAAAUCAUGCACAUGAUUAUCACCAAAGGGAGGAUUUUUCCCUGCCCAGGGAGCAGGAGACCAGGAGCGAGCAAGCUCUGGCCAACAAAGGGUAGGGAUCAGACCCAAGCUCCCUUGACCCCAUUUGGACCCACUUUGUUUUGAUAAAUGUCUUUCCACUAAUCAUUAGUUACAGUCGGAGCCUUUUGGAACUUCAUCUCUUCCGCCCAGUACCAUGUUGGCUGGGAACAAGGAAGAGGAAAGACCACUAUUCCAAGGGCCUGAGGCAACUCCAUGUCACUACAUUCCGGUGGGGCUUGACCAGCCUUCUUGGUCCGUCUGACCCCAGAAUCUCACAAAGUCUAAUGUUUACAGAGACCGUUGGACUUCCCUGUCGGCAGAGGGGGCCAACAUGCGUUAUGGUGCUUCGCGUAUCCAUCCGUUACCUCCAGAUUAGGAAUUCUUUUCCCUCUCAAAUUCCCAGUUGGCCCCUCCUCUAAGACCACGAAGGAGGAAAGGAUGGAAAGAUGGCUGUUUUGUCUUCUUUUGAACGUUCUCAGAAACUCCUGACCCACGCUUGCUGUUCUCUGUCAAAAUUUCCAUUUGCCAUUCUUUCAUUUAAGGGCGGGUACAGUCCCUGGAUGGGAAAGACCCUCCUGGCGAGGGGCUGGUAAUAGGAACAAUAACACUAGAGAUAGGAGAGGUUUGGGCUCCCCUCUCUGCAGCCUAGCAGUUUACAAGGCAUUUGUGAGUUUUUUCCAUGCCUAGUGACAUGACUUCCAGUGCCAUGAUCCCCUUUCUUUUACACAUUUGAUUUUUCUCUUAUACCCAAAGAAAAGGGCAGUCAUUAGCUUUGGAGCCACUGCCCUGCCCUGCAUCAGGCCCCAUUGGCAAGCAGAUCCUGCUCUGAUAUCUCCCCUGCCAUAAUCACAAAGUAGAUUGUGUUGAGAACAUUGUAUUUUAUUCUUUUGGAGGAAAAGGUGGAGAUUUUGGUCCCAGAGGGUCAGGAUCAGACAUCAAAUCAUGGAAUUUUAAGAUUUUCUAUCUCUGUCAACCCCCACCAUCUAUUUCUCCAGUGUCCAUACCUCCAUCAAGUGGUGUGGUUUUGGGGCCCUCAGCAGCCUCUGCUCACUUUAGACAAUCUCAGGAAGACCAAGGGCGAUAAACUAGAACUAGCUCCUUCCAGACCAACACCUCCACUCUUAGGAGGUAGAGAGGCUGUUUGCAGAAAGCACCUCAACCUCUCCGGCUCACCAAUUGGUUUUUCCUAAUUGAUGGAUGCAGAUGGAGGCCCUGGUUAAUAGGAAGGAGGCUUCUUUCCUCCAAGGAUACUUUGCCCUUGAAAGUUUAUCGAGGGACCUGGUUUUUCCUCUUCCCACAUAAAUAACCAGGGCCUUGAAGGUUCAAUUGUGUGGGAAGAUGAAAUUGAGUAACAAGCUUGGAUUUCUCUCCUUGUUUCCUAUUCCUCUAACCAGUAAUACAGGCCCAGCUUCUUACCAAAGUCUGGGCUUUUAUGCUCUUACCUGUCUCUGGAAGUGGGGGAGAUGAGUUAGCCAUUCCUCUCCCCACCCCCCUCCCCAUGUUGCACCUGGAAAUGUCUGUCCCUUUUAGAGGGAAUUCAGAUGAGGGCAGGGUAUUCCAGUCCCAUUAGGUGUGUGAAGCCAGAAAAAGGGGUGGACUCUAGCUCACCCCAGAGCCAGAUGGGGUGAGCACAGAUGGGUACCCCAUCUAUGAUUUUUAAUUUUUUUCCCCUUACCUUUUUCCCCUUGGCCUUGAAAACACAUAAUAAAAGGGAACUUUGCUGCUGA